AUGGGCCGUUGGGUGCGGACGGAGAAGCUCUUUGUCGAAGACAAGAUCAUGUGCUGGGCUAUCAUUCCGCUUAUGGUUCGAAUGGCUUUCGUACAUGUGGUCCUCAUAUGGGGCACGAACAACACUAUUACAGUCGGCCUAUCGCAUACGGAGAUUCUUCAUCGAGAAACGGGAAGCAAGCUAGUUCUAGCUGCAAGGAUUAUCUAUGCCGCCUUCAUCUGGAUGACCAAACUCUCCAUUCUCGAAUUCCUCAAACGAACCACGACCACGACUUGGUCUCGAACUUAUAACUUUAUCCUACGCUUCACCUAUGGAUUCCUGCUCCUCACCUUCGUUGCCAUCAUAAUUGGCACCCUGACGGAAUGCACCCCUUUUCCGCACUACUGGCAAGUCACUCCCGACCCAGGUCCACAAUGCCGCGAGGGCCUUGUGCAGCUUAUAAUCAUGGGUGUGUGUGACAUCGUCACAGACGUUGUGCUGAUUGCCUUUCCCAUUCCGGUCGUGCUCCGGUCCAGUAUGCCCUUCCGCAAGAAGUUCUCCAUGAUCAUCCUCUUCUGUCUCUCCGCCAUACUUAUCGCCAUUACCUCGUAUCGGAUUCCCUCUACAAUCGACCGCAAAGCCGAUCAGCCCUAUCGCUCGCUGCUUGCGAGUCUGGAAAUACUCGCUGCUACAGGUGUUUCCAACGCUGUCAUCAUCGGCUCAUUCAUCCGCGACAAAGGAGUCAAGAAAGCAAAAUUUCGUGCCGCCUCCAUUGGCGACGCUGACUCCAGUAUUGGCACCGGAAACGGCCUGCAGCGUGUGAUGACGGCACGUAGCGCGGCCGUGACUUUGAAUCAUUGGGGUAGCGAUGAGGAUCUUGUGCGCGACCUGGGCGUUGCCCUUCCAUCGACUUUGCGGCACGGCAGCACAGUAAAACAGGCCCGCGCCCCAACUGCAGCACCGCCCUAUCAGGCUCCUGAGGGCGACAAUAGACACGAACACUCUCACUCACCAUCCAAGCCUUUCCACGGUCGCAGAUCGUCCCAGUUCGAUCCGACCUUCUCCUUCGCCAUCCUUCGCGCACCCGGGGCCUCUCUCGAUGAACCCGUGAGUCCUGGCGCCGACUUGGACACCGAACCCCUCUCCAAGCAGAUGUCAUUCUUUGAUGUUGGUGGGCUGGUGGAUGCGCCUAAGACUAAACUACGGCAUUCACAACCAGGUGCACGAAACCAGACGACGGAUUCCCACACAGCAGAUAGUGGGAGCCCGGCACCUGGUGCCAGGGGCCGGACUGGCUCCAAGGCAUUCUUGAGUGACAUUGGCGGGAUUCUGGGGCGACAUAAAGAGGAAGAUGAGAGCGAGUCCGGCACACCAAAGAGCACGAGCCGCAGCUUGACGCCAAGUCGGAUUGUGGAACGGCGACGGGCAAGUAGAAGUCCGAACCCCGUGAAAAGGCUGCAGGAGGCGGAGAGGAAGGGCGCUGCAAGUGCAACCGAGCGCAGUCCGAGGGUGCAGCCGACGGAUCAAGGACCAGAUUCGUUGAGCUUUGGAGAUAUUGGCGGUCUGCUCAGUCGGUAG